AUGCCGACCAUUGACCCCGGCGGGCGUAUGGGGAGCUCGACCAUGAGCGGUGCUCUGAGUUCAGUCGGAUCGUCAUCACAAAUUGAUCUGGACGCUGUUGGCCACAGUGAACAGAUUUACAAUCUGGUGUCGGUUAUCAAUAGUUGUGAUGAGAAAUUGCUCGAGUGCGGGGACCUCGAGAGUCUGACGCGGUACAGCUUUUGCCAUCCUGGAGGAAACGCGCAGCCUCAACUACAGCUUUACCAGUCGUGGGUCGUCCACAUACUGCGGUUGCUUGGAAAAGAAAUCGAGAUCAGGAAAGACGAUGACCCAAUGACAAUCACAGAGGCUAUUGUUGACGCUCUGCAAGGGUUCGAUUUGUGCGGCAUCGAAGUAUCUGUCUCAAGUCUACGAACGCUUGUCAAGCAUCGGGGCCUACGAUUGGCUACUUAUGAACCGUACAGCAGAAAAUGCCUAGGUGACGCACACAACCCUGCUGAGCACGUAAAAGAUUACGCCGAGGCUCACAAGAAUGAUCUCGGCACGCAUUCCGGUUUCUUUGCGUCGGACUACGAGGACGACGAAGAUGAACCCCACAGGACAGAGUUGAAUGAGCCCAAAGAAAGGGAGCUUGCUGCUUCAGCCGUCAACAAGAACUCGCGUAGUUUUGCUCGAGAGCAGUGGAAGGAAGAAGUCGAGGUUUCGGAGCAUGGGGAAGUUCUCAAGGAGCUCACGAAUCAAGCAGAGCGCCGCCAGCAGCUCGUCGCUCAAUUAGAGGACCUUCAGACAAAACGCGUCGCAACCCAGGAAGCGUGCGAUCGAAGUAGCAAGAUUCUCCAAGAUAAAUGCAACAGAGCAACAGACACAAGGCCGCUUCAGGAGCUGGCGAAAAUGCUGACGACCUUGCGAGGGGAAAUCAAGCAGAUGGAGCUUCGCAAUGGAGUGCUGCAGCACAUCAACUUGAGAAUGCUGUUACAGUCUGCGCUACUUAGCAUGCAGCUGAACUCAGGCCUUGUUUAUUACUCGACCUGA